CGCCGCCAUAUCGUGAAUCUCACGAUUCAGUCGAGCUCUUGGACACGAUGCGUAUGGUUUUGGAGCCACAAUAUUUUUCAUUCUUCCCUCAGGCAAUAUAUUGGUGUUGUUUUAGGGAUCCCAGGACUCUGCCUUCGUGAAGUGGUGUAAAUCGUAGUGAACUAGCGUGUGUGCGCCGGGAAACAUGCCACGGGAGAAGAAGGUGUCGAGGAAGGCUGCCGCCGCCGCCACAGCAGCAGCCACGGCCCUCACAGUUCCGGGUGUUGCUGGUGAAGAGGAGGACACUGUAAGUGUGGGCAGCGACCGCACUGACUCCACAGCUCAGCUCACCGAUGAUGAAGGAAUAUCAGAGCUGGAGACGUACGAACAGAAGGUGCGCGAGGCCAUGGACCUGGCCUUGGAGAAGUCGGUACAUACCCGCACCAAUGCUCUGAUAUCCCUCACCACUGCUUUUCAGAAGAGAGUGUUGACACCAUUCCUUUUGGACCAUCACCAAACCAUAAGUGACUUGGUUGAACGGUCACUGAGAAAAGGCAGAGGGCCGGAGCAGGCAGCCGCGGCAAGACUGGCAUCUCUUCUAAUCCUCAGUCUGUCGCAAUUAAACGAGGCAGAAGAGGUGUACAAGACUUUGGAGCCUGUGUUGACUGUUGCUGUGACCGAUCCCUCUGGACCUCUGGCCGGACGACAAGAAUGUGCAUAUACUUUGGCUUUGUCUGCAUUCUUGGCCUGUCAUGAUCUAGCCGAUGUUACCUCUGCCAUGAACACACUCCAUUCUGUGUUCAGUGGCUCUUUACCAAAGGGUAAUGGGGAGCUGCCUAGUCAUCCGCCUGCUGUAACAGCUCUACACACCGCUGCGCUCAAUGGGUUUUGUCUCCUGCUUUGUCUCCUCUCACCCACCUCCGUCUACACUAUGGCCAACAAAUUACUGAGGGAGAUGUUUGAUCUUCUGGGCUGCAGCGACGUAGAUCUUCGCAUACAAGCCGGAGAAGGUGUGGCUCUUCUGUAUGAAGGUGCUCGCACUCAUGAUGAUGAUUACUAUUGGAAUAGGGAGGGAGAACUCUGCUCUGCAUUGAAAGAAUUGGCAACAGAUUCCCACAAGUUCAGAGCCAAGAGAGAUCGCAAACAGCAGCGAGCUUCAUUCAGAGAUGUUGUUCGGACAGUUGAAGAGGGAGAGGUACCGUGUGAAACUGUCUCAGUAGGACCACAACACCAGAGACAAGAACUACUGUUAGAUACGUGGUCUCUCAAGUUGCAGUACUCUUCAUUGUGUCGUGCUCUAGCUCAGGGACUUAGCACUCAUAUUACCUUCAAUGUUGGGGUACGUGAUGUGUUCAGCCUUGGCCCUCCACCAAUACAACUAGAUCGCAACAUGGCUGCUUUGGCACGUCGCGGUCAGAAGAAGCCCAACCGUGAAUCCCCUGCCAGUAAAGCGCGCCAGAUGGCCCGUAACAAGAACCGUGACAACAGGGCCGCUGCUAAAACUUACGACGACUGAUUUAUCCAAAGUCAUGACCAAGCUCCUCAACUUAAAGCCACCAACAUUGCAUCAUUUUCAUCCAUGAUAUUUAACACUUCUCUAGAUAAAUAUUGUCUAUUUAGAGUACUAAAUUUUUAUAUCAUUAAAACAAAAAUUUGGAGACCUAUUAAAUUGUUUUACCUUUAUUUUUUAAAUUAAGAAGGCAUUUUUAUCUCUUUAAACUGUUACUUUGUUUAAAAAUGUAAAUAAUAACUAUAGAACAGUUUUAGGUAAAAUUUCUAAAUAUUUAAAUGCUUUCUUAAUCAGAAAAUAUUAACUGGAAACCAUUUUCCUUAUUUUAAUUUUUGUGCCAAUCUUUAUGAUUGAUGACAUGCUUCACGUGUCGGUCAUACAUACCUUCAAUGAAGAGUUUUAACCAUCUUUGUUGUAACUUUAUUGUUUACCAUACGAAGUCAAUGUUUUAUCUUUAUAUAAAUAAAGCAAAGAAGUUUCUGUUCGAAUGAAGAUAAGUUGAUAACUUUAUAUAGAUUUCCUGACACAUGCUAAGUUUUCAGGUGAUGAGGUUAACAUUUUUUCAUUUGGUUAAUAAAUUGUGCAUGAAA